AUGGCAAAAGGCGACGAUGCUUUGGCGAGGAAGAAGAACAAACUAAAUAGGAAGAAGAUGAGUCGGAAGAACGAUUCCGCCACCGUAUCUGCUCGCAUCGCGGCCAUAAUCACCGCCAAGAAACGCCGCAAGUCUGGCAAACGCAGCAUGUGUCAGGGAAUGUGUUUUAGCCUCCCUACACCUGAAGAUCCCUUCAAUGAAAGGCAGGGUAAAGUGGAGAUUACCAAAAAGAAAACGAAGAAGGUGAAGAAGAAGAAACCAUCUCCGAUGUCCAUUGACGGAGGAGACGAGCAGAAGACGAAGAAGAAGCUCACUGGUGCGAAGAACAUUAAUGGCUUACCAAAGUUUCUGAUGACUUGCUUGAACGAAAUAGAGACCUUGUUCCGCAGUGAUGAUCAGAUGCACGAGACGUCUUUGUUCACUAGCACUUGGGGGAUUGAGUUCUGGAAAUCUUUUAACUCUGGCAAAGAUGUUCUUGAGACGAGUGGGACAUCUUCCACCUUGGAUCAGAUUGCUUGGAUCGUUUCGACCGCAACGGAUGCUAUCGCUAGACGGGAGAAAGAGGAGCAGGAGGAUUCGUUAAGCAACAGCCCUUUUCUCUUAUACCUCGUACCGUCUCAGUCCAAAGCAUCUCAGGUUCGAUCGGUUUGUAAGGCACUGAAAGGUCUUGGGAUUCACGCAGUGAGCUUACACCAAGGAGCCGCACUAGAUCAUCAGAUUUCUGGAUUGAAAAGCUGUGAACCUGAGUUUCUAGUUUCUACACCUGAGAGACUUUUGGAGAUUGUUGCUGUAAAGGGUGUUGAUAUAUCCGGGGUUUCAUUGCUGGUCAUUGAUGAACUAGGCUCACUUUGCACUAGUGGUUAUCUAGACGCGGUGAAAUCCAUUAAGCAAGCCAUUUCCAGCGAACACCGGUCUAUAGUUUUCAACGACAGUUAUAGCGCUUCCUAUAUUCUAGCCGUUCAGAGCCUCUUGAGUAGAUCAAUUAACAGACUUGCCCUCAGUGAUUCUGUUGCAAGUCAAGCCUCUUGUAUUAUCCAGACUGUAAAUGUCUGCGCCUCAGAGGAAAAAAAGAUGCAGAAGUUUUCAGAGGUUGUGGAAUCAUCAUCAACUUCAAAAAUGAUAUACAUUAUUGCAAAGGAGGAAAGUUUCAAAAAGUUCAAGGCUCUACUUAAACUCAACGGUUUCUCUGUUUCAGCCAAUAGCGACUCUAAUAUCUCAGAAGUCAAAAAGAGCAGGAAGCCAUUGGCACGCUUGAUUGAUAUAGAACAGCUGGAUACAACAGUGAUGAAGGACUUUGAAACCGUUCUACUUCCGGAUUUUGUUCCAUCGUUGGACACAUACGUUCAGAUUCUGACGAGUAUGGCUAGAGACAGUGUUCACGGCGAGCUACACAGCUUUUUAACGGAGAAGGAGGCGGUUUCUUAUCCGGCUGGUUUGGUGGUAAAUGUUCUUGAGGAUUGUGGCCACAAAGUGCCUGAGUUUUGGAGGAAUAUGGAUACUUCUUCUAUGUCUGAUUGA